AUGUUCAAAAUUUUUCGUAAAAAGGAUCACAGAGAGACAGAGCGUCGCGUCAAGGCCAACGAUCCGGACGCGAAUGCGCAAUAUGACUAUGCGGGCAAUUAUAUCCGAACAUCAAAAUACAACAUGUUUACGUUUCUACCGAAGAAUCUCUUUGAACAGUUCCAGAGGUUGGCCAAUUUUUACUUCCUCCUCCUGAUGAUCCUCCAGCUGAUUCCUCAAAUUUCAUCGUUGACGUCGCUUACCACAAUACUGCCUCUGGUCGCUGUACUGUCGAUCACCGCCGCGAAGGAUGCCAUUGACGAUCUACAGCGGAGGCGCAGCGACAAACAGGUUAAUAAUCGAGUGUCUUACGUGGUCCGUGAAGGUAGACUGAUCGAAGAGAUUUGGCAGAACGUCAAUGUUGGCGAUGCUGACUUGCUGCUGUUGUCUACCAGUGAACCUCAUGGCUUGUGUUAUAUCGAAACGGCUGAGCUAGACGGCGAAACGAACUUGAAAGCGAAGCAGGCGCUACCGGACACCGCGUCGAUGGGCGACGAUUUGACGAUGAUCUCGCGGUUCGAUGGCGAGAUCGUUUGCGAACCGCCGAACAAUGCGCUAAGCUCAUUCCAGGGUCAACUCAUCUGGAGGAACAAGAUUUAUGCGCUCGACUCGAGCAAACUGUUAUUACGUGGCUGUCGUUUGCGUAACACGAAGUGGUGUUUCGGCCUAGUGCUUUUCGCCGGACGCGACACAAAGCUGAUGAUGAACAGCGGCAAGACAUUCUUCAAGCGUACCAGUUUGGACCGUUUCCUCAAUGUACUUAUCAUUGGGAUCGUGUUGUUUUUAUUAUCGAUGUGCACCAUAUGCACCGUUUUGUGCGGCAUCUGGGAAUGGACCACCGGAAUGGAAUUUCAGAUAUUCUUGCCUUGGGAAUCAUUUGCUACUCAAAACACCAGCACUUCCGCGAACGUUGCAUUCAUAGCUUUUCUGAUGUUCUUUUCUUAUGCGAUUUUGCUCAACACGGUGGUGCCUAUUUCGCUUUAUGUCAGCGUCGAGGUGAUUAGGUUCUGCCAUUCAUGGUGGAUCAACUGGGACCGAGACAUGUAUUACGCGAAGACAGAUACGCCGGCGAAGUCUCGCACGACUACGCUGAACGAGGAAUUGGGCCAAAUUCAGUACAUUUUUAGCGACAAAACUGGAACGCUCACGCAGAACAUCAUGACUUUUAAU